GUGUGUGCAGUCUCUCUCGCAGCUGCUGAAGGAGCGGGAUGAGCUGCGUGAGGAGCUGCAGAGGAUGAGAGCAGAUCUGCAGAGAGAGAGACAGGAGCGAGAGCGACAGAGAGAGGAGAACAGCAGGAUGAUGGAGGAGCGACGGGAGCUGGAGGCCAGAGUCACACUUCUGCAGGAGCGAUGUGAGCAGCUGACCUCCAGAGUCAGUGAACUGGAGCAGAGGAGCAGAGCGGAGCGAGAACAGCAGCAGGACGGAGCAGAGGACGAGCAGAAGAAGAGCAAGAGAAAGACAGAGAACGGUCUGCGUUUGGAGGAUCUGGAGGCUCCGCUGCUGCGGUCAGAUGCCAGCGACACCAGCGUAGACGACGUGAGGCAGUACAUGUGGAAUGAGAGCGUGUCUCUCUUCAGGGCUCGUCAGUUUCUGGAGCGGCAGAGCGCUCACAUGUUUGACAGACAGGCAGCGCUGCGGAUGGCUCACAGCAGUCUGAAGGACCCCACGCCUGGGAGCUCAACACAGCAGCAGCUCUACCACAACCUGCAGCAGGUGUGAGUGUGUGAGUGUGAGCGUGUG